AUGCUCAUCGACGGUCAGAAGUGGGCUUGCGAAGCUUGCAUUCGAGGUCACCGAGUGACUAGUUGCAAACAUCAUGAUCGACCGUUGAUCCGCAUCAAACGCAAGGGUCGCCCCUUUGCAACGUGCUCAAUUUGCAACGCCACGCCCUGCGAGGCACCAACGGAACACGCGCGCCUGAAGCGCGAAGCGGAGCUCAAAUCUCCAUCAUCAAAAGUAACGCAACUACACACAAAAAAAGCCAGCCGUUUCCACCAUCGGAAGGCAGAUCUUCGACAAAUGCGAAGAAGAGAUGCAGACGGUAUGGUGCUGAUGUUCCUUCUUUGGUUCUUAGAAAGCAACCCACGCCAGACUAUACCCGCGUCAUCCCAGCUCGAACGGCUUCCUCCCCAUCGCUCCUCGACCGUCGGGCAGUAG